UCAAAUGGACAACAAAAUUAGUGCAGAAGAGAUGAAAAAUGAAGGAGAAACAACAGUGAAGGAAAGUGGCAUUGAGUCUCAUCCUUAUGCAUUUCAUGUUUCUGGACCUCGAAAUGUUCCUUCCCCAAAUUGGAAAGAUCUUAUUAAUUCCAGUUGGAGGAAGGAUGCUAACUAUAAAAGAACAGUAAUGGCCUGUUUUAUCCAAGCUGUUUACCUUCUUGAGCUUGAUAGACAAGAAAAUAGGACAGAACAAAAUGCACUUGCUCCGAAAUGGUGGAUACCUUUUAGGUACAAGUUGGUCGAGACUCUAAAAGAUGAACGAGAUGGAUCCAUAUUUGGUGCAAUAUUGGAGUGGGAUCGAUCUGCAGCUUUGGCUGAUUUUGUACUGAUCAGACCGAGUGGUGCACCUAGAGCUGUUUUGGCCUUAAGGGGAACAAUUCUGAAAAGCCAGACAAUGAGAAGGGAUAUUGAGGACGAUCUCCGCUUCCUAGCUUGGGAAAGUUUGAAAGGAUCUGUGAGAUUUAGUGGAGUUUUAAAGGCACUAAAAGCAAUCGCCGACAAGUAUGGGAGUAAUAAUGUUUGUAUUGCUGGUCAUUCCCUUGGAGCUGGCUUUGCUCUUCAAGUUGGGAAAGCGUUAGCCAAAGAAGGGAUAUACGUAGAGGCACAUUUGUUCAAUCCACCCUCUGUUUCACUUGCUAUGAGUUUCAGAAAUAUCGGAGAAAAAGCUGGCUUUGCCUGGAAAAGAAUCAAAGCAAUGCUUCCUUCAAAAUCUGAUUCUCAAAUCAGCUGUGAGGAACGCGGUGCAACAUCUUUUCCAGUAGGCCUAAAGCAAUGGGUACCUCACUUGUAUAUUAACAACAGUGAUUACAUAUGCUGCUCUUAUACUUAUGCAGACGGAGCACAAAACGACCAAGCUGCAGCUAACAAGGAGAAUGCAAAACCAACAAACUGCAGCCAAGCUGCAGCAAAACUUUUCUUGUCAUCGAAGGGCAAUCAGAAGUUUCUUGAGGCGCAUGGAUUGGAACAAUGGUGGUCCGAUAACUUGGAACUACAAAUGGCUAUUAGUAACAGCAAGCUCAUUAGCCAGCAGUUGAAAUCCUUGUACACUAUGCCAGCUGCUCAACUAACACCAGUCAAGCGAUAACAGAUAAAAAAAAGUGGCUUUCGCAGCCCCUUUGCUGAUAUAAUAACUCAUUUUAAAUGCAAAUAGUUGUUCCUAUGUCACCAU